CACAGAGGUGACAAGGUGCCAUUCUGUCCCCAGGAGCCAUGUCCUGAUGGUGUGUGGUGUCACCUCAGGGUCUCCAUGGUGACACAGAGGUGACACAGAGGUGACACAGAGGUGACACAGUGCCAUUCCCGUCCCCAGGAGCCAUGUCCCGGCGGCGCUGAGCCUCGCCGGACCCCUCACCCCGCCAUGGGGAGCAUCUACAAGGAAUACUUCAACCGCGACAAGAUCCGCGAGCACUACAACUUCACCAAGGGCGACACCGACAGCGCCCUGGCGCCCUCGCGCUGGGUGGGCUCCGUCCUCAUCGUCCUCCUCUGCUGCUUCAUCGUCCUGGAGAACCUCCUGGUGCUGGUGUCCAUCUGCCGCAACAAACGCCUCCACCUGGCCAUGUACAUCUUCAUCGGCAACCUGGCCGCCUCGGACCUGCUGGCCGGAGCCGCCUUCAUGGUCAACACCCUCCUGUCGGGCAGCACCACCUUCCGCCUGACGCCGGUGCAGUGGUUCGUCAGGGAGGGCACGGCGUUCGCCACGCUGGCCGCCUCGGUCUUCAGCCUGCUGGCCAUCGCCAUCGAGCGCCACGUGGCCAUCACCAAGGUGAAGGUGUACAGCAGCGAUAAGAAUUGCCGCAUGGUGCUGCUCAUCGGCGCCUGUUGGCUGAUCGCCGGCGCCAUCGGCAGUUUGCCCAUCAUGGGGUGGAAUUGUAUCAGCGAUUUGGGGGAUUGCUCCACGGUGCUGCCGCUCUACUCCAAGCGUUACGUGCUCUUCGUCACCACCAUCUUCACCCUCAUCCUGCUGGCCAUCGUGGGGCUCUACACGCGCAUUUACUGCGUGGUGCGCUCCAGCCACGCCGAGAUCGCCUCGGCGCAGACUCUGGCGCUGCUCAAGACCGUCACCAUCGUGCUGGGGGCCUUCAUCGUCUGCUGGUCGCCCGCCUUCAUCAUCCUCCUGAUGGACGCCUCGUGCCCGGUGCGCUCGUGCCGCGUUUUGUACAGCGCCAAUUAUUUCUUCGCCUUCGCCACGCUCAACUCGGCGGCCAACCCGGUGAUUUACAUGCUGAGGAGCAAGGAGAUGCGCGGCGAGUUCCUGCGCGUGCUGUGCUGCUGCGGCCGCGGCCGGCGGCGAUCCAGGCCCCCCGGCCGGGCGGGGGUCCCGUUACGCACGUCCAGCUCGCUGGACAAAGCUGCGGCCGGAGCCGCGGCCGAGCUGCCCACGGCGCCGUUGACCAGAGAGUGCACCACGUGUGUGUGAGGGGGGUGGGGGGUCUGAGGUUGUGGGUCACUCUGGGGAUACCUCAGGGUCACCCCGUGGACACCCCGUGGCUUCAAGGCCACCCUGGGGACAUCCCCAAGUCCAUGGGUCACCCUGGGGAUACCUCAGGGUCACCCCAUGGACACCCCGUGGCUCCAAGGCCACCCUGGGGACACUCCAUGGCCACCCUGUGGACAUCCCCAAGUCCAUGGGUCACCCUGGGGAUACCUCAAGGUCACCCUGUGGGCACCUCGAGGCCACCCCAUGGCCCCAAGGCCACCAUGGGGACACCCCAAGGCCACCCUGUGGACAUCCCCAAGUCCAUGGGUCACCCAGGGGACACCCCAAGGCCACCCUGUGGACAUCCCCAAGUCUAUGGGUCACUCUGGGGAUACCUCAAGGUCACCCCAUGGACACCUCGUGACUCCAAGGCCACCCUGUGGACACCUCAAAGUCUACGGGUCACCCUGUGGACACUCCAUGGCCACCUCAUGGCCCUGUGGUCAUCCUGUGGACACCCCACUGCCUCAUGGACACCCCAAGACCACCCUGGGGACACUCUAAGGUCACCCCACGGCCUUGUGGACACCCUGAGGCCACCCUGGGGACACCCCAAGGCCACCCCACAGCCCCAAGGCCACCCUGGGGACACCCCAUGGCCCCAGGGCCACCCUGGGGACACUCUAAGGUCACCCCAUGGCCUUGCGGACACCUUGAGGCCACCUGGGAUCACCCCAUGGCCCCAAGGCCACCCUGGGAACACCCCAAGGCCACUCCACGGCCCCAGGGCCACCCUGGGGACACUCUAAGGCCACUCUGGGGACACUCCAUGGUCACCCCAUGUCCCCUGGGCCACCCUGGGGACACUCCACGGUCACCCCACGGCCUCAGGGCCACCCUGGGGACACUCCAUGGUCACCCCAUGUCCCCAGGGCCACCCUGGGGACACUCUAAGGCCACCCUGAGGACACUCCACGGUCACCCCACGGCCUCAGGGCCACCCUGGGGACACUCCAAGGUCAGCCUGGGGACACUCCAUGGUCACCCCACGGUCCCAGGGCCACCCUGGGGACACUCUAAAGUCACCCCAUGGCCUUGUGGACACCUUGAGGCCACCUGGGGUCACCCCACGGCCCCAAGGCCACCCUGGGGACACUCUAAGGCCACCCUGGGGACACUCCAUGGUCACCCCACGGCCCCAGGGCCACCCUGAGGACACUCUAAGGCCACCCUGGGGACACUCCAUGGUCACCCCACGGCCCCAGGGCCACCCUGGGGACACUCUAAGGCCACCUGUGGUCCCCCCACGGCCACCCCACGGUACGAGCUCCCCGCGGUUCUCCCGGUACGGACGGACACCCACCCGCACCCCCGUCCCCCCGCUGUCCCCGGGGUGUCCCCGCUGUCCCCUCGCGGUCCCCUCCGUGUGCCGGGACACGCGCGGGGCCCUUCCCACGCCCUCCGCGAGCCCCGGGGCCACCAGCGGGACCUGUCUGGCGAGUCCCGGGAGCCCCUCCCGGGCCCGUGGGCGGCUCCCAGCGGCAAUCCCGGGCUGCCCUUCUCCCGGGAUCAACCGGGACACCCCCAAAAACCCCCAAACAUCCCCAAAAACCCCCAAAUCCGGGCUUUUCCCACGCGGGGUGUGGGGGGGGGGGAGCGUCCCGGAGCGGCCGGAU